CUUUCUAUACAGGUGAUGUCAUCCUUUUAGCUCGGUUCCCCUCCCACUCUCUUUCCUCCUUAUUAGAUAUUUCAUCUUGCUGCGGAGCAUCCAAUCGAUGGGAGCUUCUCCUGAGGGAGCUGCUGAGAAGCAAGCAAAGAUAGUAGGAAUUAGGACUCCAGCAGUCAGUCUUGCUGUAGCCAUGGACGUACUGUUUUGUCGUGCGUUACAGAAGUGUUUUAAUUGGAAAAGCUAGGCGUGGAUUAACCGUAGUAUCUGGCUGAUGCAUUAGAAUACUAAGCAACACUGCGGAGUUGUAAACUGCAUUAAAAAAAAAAGGAGGGGGGGCAAAAGAGAAAAGGGUUUGUAUUGCAGAGGCUUUUAAUACAUUCCACAGUGCAAACCUGUUAGAGCAUAUAUCCUGGAGCUACGGUCUGGACACUAAUUCAAUUUUGCAGUUAUGAUGGACAAGAGUAUAAAGAAGAAACUUUAAUAUUCAGGGCGUGGGAUUCCUGAAUUGCCUAGGAUGUUGAAGAACCUUUGCAAAAUUUGAUCUACAAUAUGAAUGUGAAGUUUCCGAAAAGUGAACCUGAAGAUAAGCCACUCGUAAAGGCAUUUCAGUGAAGAGAAAAAAGGAAUUUGAAGAAUUCUUAUCUCACCUUUUUAUGUAUUGUUGCUCUAACCUGCAAUUCUAAUCCAUUUCAGAAUUAAUUCAAUCUCAGCAGCACUUUUUGGGUACGCGCCUCGUGCCUGGGGGAACCUAUGGAUAUUUGUAUUUGAAAAGCUAGGAAACACUUUGACUUGAAUUUAUGUGCUUGUUAAAACUGGAACAUUUUUAUAGGAAUUUCUGCUGCUGCUAACUCACUGCAACACUGAAAACUACUCUGACACUGGAGAAGCUGUAAUCGAAUUCAGUGUGAAAUUCAAGCCUGACAAGUUGCAUACAUGUAUAUUUGCUGCUUUGGUUUAUGAUUUUUAAAGAGAAUCCAGAGAGGAUUUUACUAAAUAUUUUUCGUCUGAGACUUUUAUUUGAGGAAGGAAACUUUUUUUCUCAGCCUAAGAAAUGGCUUUUCUUGUUCGAUGUUAUGCCAACUGCCUGCAACCGUGGGCCUCCAAACUUCCAGCUGAUCUUACCAAGAUGCAUCUUACAGACAAUCCUCAUCCUCAGGUGACUCACGUCCCUUCAAGCCAGUCUGGAUGUAGCAUUGCCAGUGAUUCUGGGAGCAGCAGCCUGUCUGAUAUCUAUCAGGCUACAGAAAGUGAGAUGGGAGAUGUUGAUUUAACGGGUCUUCCAGAAGCACCUGUAGACUCUGAAGAUGAAGAAGAAGAAGAAGAUGAAGAUAUUGACAGAACUUCAGAUCCACUUCUGGGGCGAGAUGUUGUACGAGAGUGCCUUGAGAAAGAGCCCGCAGAUAAAACUGAUGAUGAUAUUGAGCAAUUAUUGGAAUUUAUGCAUCAACUCCCGGCCUUUGCAAACAUGACUAUGUCUGUAAGAAGAGAACUUUGCUCAGUGAUGAUAUUUGAAGUAGUAGAGCAAGCAGGAGCCAUCAUACUUGAAGAUGGACAAGAACUCGAUUCUUGGUAUGUUAUUUUAAACGGCACAGUGGAAAUCAGCUAUCCUGAUGGGAAGAGUGAGAGUCUCUGUAUGGGAAAUAGCUUUGGGAUUACUCCCUCUCUGGAAAAACAGUAUAUGAAUGGAGUGGUCAGAACCAAAGUAGAUGAUUGUCAGUUUGUGUGUAUAGCCCAGCAAGACUAUUGGAGAAUUCUGAACCAUGUGGAAAAAAACACUCACAAAGUCGAGGAAGAAGGAGAAAUUGUUAUGGUAAAGGAGCACAGGGAGCUGGACCGCAGUGGAACCAGAAAAGGACACAUAGUUAUCAAGGCAACACCUGAGCGACUCAUCAUGCACUUAAUAGAAGAACAUUCUAUUGUGGAUCCAACUUACAUUGAAGACUUCCUUCUAACGUACAGAACAUUUCUAACAAGCCCCUUGGAAGUUGGAAAUAAACUGUUGGAGUGGUUCACGGUGGACAGCCUCAGGGAUAAGGUUACCAGAGUGGUCUUACUGUGGGUGAACAACCAUUUUAAUGACUUUGAAGGUGACCCUGCUAUGACUCGAUUUCUGGAAGAAUUCGAGAAGAACUUGGAAAAUACGAAAAUGAAAGGACAUCUCAGAUUGCUGAAUAUUGCUUGUGCUGCCAAGGCAAAAUGGAGACAAAUUACCUUGCAAAAGCCUUCUAGAGACUCACCUCUCUUUUUCAGCCUCCUUGGAGGAAGUGACAAGGGUUUUGGUAUUUUCGUAGAGACCGUGGAAACGGGCAGUAAAGCAGCAGAAGCUGGACUUAAGCGUGGUGAUCAGAUAAUGGAAGUAAAUGGACAGAACUUUGAGAAUAUUACCUUUGUGAAAGCUCUGGAAAUCUUGAGGAACAAUACUCAUCUCUCCAUUACUGUAAAAACAAACAUUUUUGUGUUUAAAGAGCUGCUCUGCAGGAUAGGGCAAGAGAAGAAUGGAAUUCCACAUAUUCCAAAAAUUGCAGAAAAGAAAAACAACCGUUAUUCCAUCCCAGAUAUGCCUGGAGAUGUGGAACAGAUGUUUCCCCGUGAAAAAGGAAACAAAAAAAUGAAAGCAAACACUGUAUCUGGUGGGAGAAACAGAAUCAGGAAAAUUUUAGACAAGACUCGAUUCAGCAUCUUGCCUCCAAAACUGUUCAGUGACGGUAGCGUGAGCCAGUCGCAGGAUGACAGCAUUGUUGGGACUCGGCAAUGCCGGCACAGCCUGGCCAUCAUGCCUAUUCCGGGCACGCUCUCUUCCAGUAGCCCCGACCUGUUGCAGCCUACAACUAGCAUCCUGGAUUUCUCUAAUCCGUCAGCUGUUGGGUUUUACUACAUUCCAGACCAAGUAAUAAGAGUUUUCAAAGCAGAUCAGCAGAGCUGUUACAUUAUCAUCAGCAAAGACACUACAGCGAAGGAGGUUGUGAGUCACGCAGUGCACGAAUUCAACUUGACGGGAGCCCCGGAGACUUAUUCCCUCUGCGAAGUGUCCGUCAGCCCUGAGGGAGUCAUCAAACAGCGGAGACUUCCAGAUCAAUUCUCAAAAUUAGCCGACAGGAUUCAACUCAAUGGACGGUAUUAUCUAAAAAACAAUAUGGAGACCGAGACCUUAUGCUCAGAUGAGGAUGCCCAAGAGCUAUUGAGAGAGAGUCAAAUUUCCCUCCUCCAGCUCAGCACCAUCGAGGUCGCCACUCAGCUUUCCAUGAGAGACUUUGAAUUAUUUCGUAACAUCGAGCCUACUGAAUACAUCGAUGACCUCUAUAAGCUGGACUCCAAAACAGGAAAUGCUCACCUGAAGCAGUUUGAGGAUGUCAUAAAUCAAGAGACAUUCUGGGUUGCCAUGGAAAUUCUAGCAGAGCCCAACCAACUCAAACGAAUGAAGAUUAUUAAGCAUUUCAUUAAAAUCGCCCUCCACUGUCGAGAAUGCAAGAACUUCAAUUCCAUGUUUGCGGUUAUAAGCGGGUUAAAUCUAGCUCCAGUAGCUCGUCUCAGAGGUACUUGGGAAAAGUUACCGAGCAAGUACGAAAAGCACCUCAGAGACCUUCAAGAUCUUUUUGAUCCAUCUCGAAACAUGGCAAAAUACCGCAACAUCCUUAGCAGUCAGAGCAUGCAGCCUCCAAUUAUUCCACUCUUCCCUGUUGUCAAGAAGGAUAUCACAUUUCUACAUGAAGGAAAUGAUUCUAAAGUGGAUGGCCUGGUAAAUUUCGAGAAACUCAGGAUGAUUGCCAAAGAAAUCCGCCAAGUUGUCAGAAUGACCUCAGCAAACAUGGAUCCGGCCGUAAUGUUCAGACAAAGGAAGAAGAGGUGGAGAAGUUUGGGGUCUCUGAGCCAGGGCAGCACGAACUCGAACAUGCUGGAUGUGCAGGGAGGCGCUCACAAGAAGCGAGCCCGGCGCAGCUCGCUGCUCAACGCCAAGAAGCUGUACGAGGACGCCCAGAUGGCGAGGAAGGUGAAGCAGUACUUGUCCAACCUGAACGUGGAGACAGAUGAAGAAAAGAUCCAGAUUCUGUCACUGCAGUGUGAGCCCGCGUAUAGCACUCUGACAAAGAAUUUAAGUGAGAGAAGAGGGGCGAAAUCCUCCGAAAUGUCUCCAGUACCCAUGAGAUCAAUCGGCCAAACCACUAAAGCACAUCAGCAUCAGCAAAACAGAAUGAGUCAAGUUCUUCAGGUUCCAACUGUGAACUUAUAUCCCAGUAGAAAGAAGGGACUGACAAAGGAUCAUGUCACAUUCAGUACAGGUUCUCCACAGAAGUCAUUAAGCUUAUCUGAGGAAGUAAGUACUAAGAAGCAGACAGAAGACACUAUGUCCAUGGCAUCUUCUUUGCACUCCAGCCCACCGGCUUCUCCUCAGGGCUCUCCACGCAAAGUUGGUAACAUCCAGAGGUCGGAUAACUGCAGUCAGAUGAAUCUCUCUGGGUCUUCCUCAUCCCUCGCCAGUGAAACCAGUAACAAGAACAGCGGACAGCGCAGCUACGGAAUAGGCUACGCCCUCAUACCUUCCACGAAAUCCGAUAACUUCUCGGACUCCAGUCACAGCGAGAUUUCAUCCCGAUCCAGCAUCGUGAGCAACUGCUCGGUGGACUCAAUGUCGGCAGCGCUGCAGGACGAGAGGGGCUUGUCCCAGUCGCUGACGGUGGUGGACCCCACGGGGGCGGACAGAAAGGAGCACCCGCAGCCGCUGACAGACUACGGCCAGCCCUGCCCCGGCUGGUCAAUCACAAGGCCCGCUCUGAUCAGAGGGAUGGCCUUCACCUCGUCCAUGAGCAACGAGGAGAUCUCCCAUGACCACAUCACAGUAGAGGCAGCAGACAGUGGCCGGGGAAGCUGGACUUCAUGCUCAAGUAGCUCACAUGACAACUUCCAGAAUAUCCCAAACCAGAAGAGCUGGGAUCUCCUCAAUUCCUACCGCCACACCCAGCUGGACGGACCUAUAGCUGAAGUUGAUCCCACAAACUGUUACUCAGAGGAGGCUUAUUUAUAUUCCGAAGCCUUUUCCAAAAACAACAGGCAGUCAAAAGCCAGCGUGGAGCUCGAUCAGUCUCGGCAGAGCUGGGCCUCCUCGAGCUCUCUGUCGGACACGUAUGAGACAAACUAUGGGACGAUUAAGCGCAGGGGGCUGGAGAACUCUACGUCAGAGCAGACGGAGGUUUUGGACUCUAAACCAGGCACUGACACAACUUACAAAACUGUUACUUCGAGUACAGAAAAAGGCCUGAUAGUGUACUGUGUCACCUCACCUAAGAAGGACGAUAGGUAUAGGGAGCCUCCGCCCACCCCUCCGGGAUAUAUGGGGAUUUCUUUAGCGGACAUAAAGGAAGGAUCGCCCCACCACCCACACCUAAAACCUCCCGACUAUAGUGUGGCAGUGCAGAGGUCAAAGAUGCUGCCCAGUGACCUCUCUAGACUUUCGUCAGCAUCUCUCAGUAGCGAACCGGUGGCCUGUAUUUCAUCGAAGAUGCCUCAGUGGCAUAGUCGGCAGCCGUCCAACCCUAAACUAGCAGAUAUGACUGACGCAGAUAGUGAAGAGGAUGAAGAUGAACAAGUAUCAGCAGUCUAACCAUCGGGCUAUCUAUGUAAACCACUUCAGAACACGAGGGACGUGGGAAGAAGGACCACGUGAAUCUGUUAGCGAACGCUAACGCCUUGCUGCUGCUAACCUCAGUCAUUGUGUUUGCCUCUGUCACGGACAAGAUCAAACUGGUCGGGUCAUAGAUCUCUACCUUCCUUCAGUCUACCACAGCCUACAAAACUAUUUCUGCCUGUGAAAACAGCAAACCAUUUUCAAGGAGCGUGCUGACUACCUGGGUACUGACGUUGGUAUCCUGAGAUGGACAAGGCUUCGUGCGCUGGGGAGGACUGGUUGUCACGGCCGCUUGAAAAUUGGAAGCAUUCUUCUGUAUGAUACCAUAUAAUCCUUGGUAGUUUUCCAUUGUCAUUAUUUUCUACGUGACCAUUAUAUAAAUCGGAGAGUGUUAUUUUAUGAACUUUAAAAAAAAAAAAAAAAAUCAAAGUGUCAGCAAAAUGGAAGGACAUUACUGCAGUAUCUGAAAAUAAUUUAUUAAUUUAAAUUUUUUUGAUGGGAAUUUCCUUCGUGUUGGGAGUGCUCUGGUUGGCUAAUAUGGAGAUUAAAUCAAUGUGAUAGUAAACUAGUUAAGUGUAAACCAUUGUGCUCUCAAAAUAAACACAAAACUAGAGGCCUACCAAACGGGACGUUAUCAGGUGCAGAAAUACGUAUGUUUUAGAAUGGCUUGGGGUAUGUACGAAUUGUAAAUAUAGCUAAAAGCCUUGCGAAGUGUAUGCGUCAGCCAUGGAAGCACUGCCAUCUGCUGGUCCUGCCUGCAACGAACACAACAAAACCCCUCAGCCCUUCAAGUAUUUGGAGGAAAUUUUUAGCUGCCCGCCAACUAAGGAAAUAGUUGGCAUUCCCCUCCCUUAUUUAAAUAAUCUUUUUGAAAUGUGGAAGCUUUAGCUCACAGUGAGCUAUUAGGUGAGUUUGAAGCUUUUCCAAAAGAGCUUUAACCAGGUUUUGCCCUGCAGAGUUCAGCAUGCAAAGUGUGCUGCUGUAAUCCAAAACUGAAUUGUUUGUUGUGGGUUUUAAGAUCAUCCCACGUGUUCUGGCCUUUUACCAGAGUUGCAGAGGAUUUAGGUGCAAAGGUUAUCCUCCUCCUCUCCCCCCCCGCCCCAGUCACGUUAAAAUUUCUGAAACUGAACCUUAAAUGACUUUAGUGCUUAGAUGUGAGUAUAAUGUCUUUUAUGAUGGGUUGUGUUCAUUUGGAAAAUAGAGAUGAUCUCAAAACAUAUUGUUUAAAAACUUAGGUAAAAAUCUUGGUGGCGCUGAUGUUGAUGAAAUUUGACUUACAUACCGCCAGUAUUAACGCGCAGUCCUCUAGUUUGACUAUGGUCAAGUAAAUUGCAUCUUUGAUUUUACUUAGCCAACCAGAGUGCACAGGGGUAAAACUGGAAAUACCUGCAUUUUCUUUCUUUCUUCGAGCACAUGAUGCCCCAUUCUAGUGUUAAAUUGGACAUGAAUGUGUGAAUAAUAUAUAUUUAAACAUUUAAUUGUAAAUCUUUGUUGUGAUGUUUACAGCCUAAGCUAGAAAGAAGAUGUUUGUCAUUUUUACAGUGCCUCAAAAAUUAUUUCUAUAUCCAUAGUUGUGAAAAGCUUUAAGAUUUUUUUUGUGUGUGUGCAGGGGGGUGCAAGGUGAAUGCAACAUUUUCAGAAAACGACAAAAGUACCAAAAACAACCCAAAGCCUUUGAUGUGCUUUCCCCAUAGCAACUUGGGACUGAUACUACCAGGUGAAUGUGCAUGACCACGCCUGCGUCUGCGCCCGUAACUGUGCCAGACGGAAUAUUGCCGCGGGGCUGGAGGUGCCCCCCCGUGGGUUGUUCUUCUGGAGACGUCGGUCGGUCAGGAGCAGCAGCGCUGAGGAAGGGAUGCCUAACUCACAGCUAAGUGGUUGGCUGUGUUAACUUUUGGCACAAGCAUCUGAGGAGGAGCAAGUCGUUGGAAAACGAUAUUAAAAAUUAGUUGAGGUAUAUCAUAAUAAAAUGCAUUUUGCUUUUUCGAGGCCUUAAUGAAUAUAAUGAACCUGCACAGGCCUUAAUGAGUAAGAAUUAAUGUAAGUGUCAAAGCAAUGCAGGGCAGGGUGAUUAUUUUCAGCACAUAUAACGUCGAUAAUAUAACUGUUAAAUUGAUAUUUUGUGGGAUAUAAAUCCAAGUCCUAGUAAUCCCACUGCAAGCUGUAGUUGCUUGUUAACUUCUCCGUGGAGUGCGCAAUAUGCUUCGUGUUUCAUCCGAAAUCACGCGUUGUGUGCCAGGUGAACUAACUCAUGUGGUUUCCAUGACCUCGGAUGUUGAGCUGCCGUUUAUUUCAGCCUGUUGAACAAAAGUUCAGGGGAUAAAGGGCUGUGGUCCAAGCGGCUUCCCUUUCCCCGGAGAGCCUGGCAGUGCUCUCUGCGACGCUGCGGGGAGCUCCUGGUCCUUGGUGAGAGUGGGGCUGGGGCUGCCUCUGGCAGCCAGCGAGAGCAGGUGAAUAAAUCGCCCAUUGAACCUUGGUGUUUGCACAUCAACAGCCUCAGUCUGUUCUGCAGGACUUUUCAGGACACUGAGAAGUUCUUAAAGUGAGCGAAAUUCUUGCUAAUCAUAUUUUCCUAAUAUCCAAUACAGCUAGUGUAAAUAAGUCAUGCAUAAACUAUUGACAAAUGAGCUCCUACUUCUGCUUCUCCUGACUUGCACAGUGUGGCUUGCUUCUGCUUGUCCUUGCUGUGAUUUUUUUUGUUUGUUUGUUUUAAAAUCAACCGAUCACAUUGAUCGGGGCCGAUAGCCAAAUGUAGUGUGUCUGGUAUGGAUUUGAAGAGACAUUAUCCCUUUUUUUUUUUUGUAACUAAAAUGGAAGUAAGACCGUGGUCAGGACCUGUUGUACACCGCUUUAUUCAAGUGAUGUCUUCUGGGUCGCAGACUCCUGGCUUAGUGCCUCUGCCAGCUUCCUUUAAUCCCUGCUCUGACUUCUGAUGAUCAGCUGAAAUGCCGACUGUCACGUUCUUCCACUCCCAGACCUCCGUUUGCUUGCUUUUCUUCUGUUUGUUUGCUUGUGGCUUGUGGGUGAAAGACUUAUUUCGGCUAUUUGUGAUUUAAACAUACAGUAUUUCAUUAUGCUGUAUAAAUCUUAAUCUUCCAAGCAAAUCACAAAAAGAGCAAAGCAAUUUUGAAAACUUUAAUUGGCCUCUCCAGUUGCAGAAAGGGGAAACGAAGAUAACUGAGCCCCUGAGUGCUGCUGACAUCCCCCACAGAUAUAAAGCGUGAGAUGGAAAUGUGCAGGUAUUUAUUUGCAGUGCACAUCUCUGCAGCGUGCACAUUUGGGACAGGAUGGGCUCAGGGCUGGCUGCGUGCUGCUUCCCAGCUCCUUUGGCUCAUCGGUGCCCACGGGAUUUGCAGCCCAGAGGUGAGCGGUGCCGCGCUGGGGCGGUGGGACGCGAGGCCCCGGUGGUUCCCCACUGCCCGGGGUGUCCCCAAGAAGGGUCCCUUUCCCCGAGGGCUGGGCCUCUCAUCUCCCAAGUCACUUGAUUGCAGGCAACAGUGGAAACGUGAAACUGGCAUUUAAGUUUUUAUAAAACAUUAGAUUUUUUUUUUUUUAAAGAAUAAGCUUCCCACUGCCUGUGCAAAAACAGAAGAAAAAAGGGAUACUCUCUCUUUAGAAAAGCUUUACACAUUAUAUUUUAGGAUGCUUGUAUAGAGGGCAAUCUACUUUGAAUUCCCAAUCCCGCCUUUGCUUAUGUUGUGCUUUUUAUUGUUUUAUCUUUAUUUUUGAUAUACCUGGAAUGCAGUUUAGCUUGGUAUUAAUUAAAUUCUAAAUAUGUGAGCAUAUUGGCAAAACUGCACAGAUGUAAUGAUAUUCCAAUAGCAAUUGUACUGCACAAGUCAGUGAUUGUAAAGUAUUCUGUAACAAGCAAUGUUUGUCUCCUAUUUUUUGAUACCUCUUACACUUAUGUCUUUUAGAAAGACAGUGCCUCUGUAUGCUUUUUGUAUUUUUACUGAGUGAUUGUAAAUAUUUGUUAUAUUUUUGGUUAAGAGAAUGUUUAAAAGUACUGUUUAUUAUCCAAUCUAUUAAUAUGUUGGAAUCAAUAAACAAUCUACAUACA